AAAUACAAAAAGUGCAUAAAUUUAUGUAUACAAGCCAAGUGUUUCGGUGUGUGCGCGUGUGUGUGUGCGUGUGUGUGUGUGCUGAUACAAUUUAUCGAUCAAAUACAUAAAGCCGCAUAUUAACCGGCCCCGCGAGCACAUUAACUUCCCUUUUUUUUUUUACUGUUGUUGUUGUUGAUUUUAUUUUCCAUGGAAAUUGACCAAGAAACGGCCACGUUUAUUUGGUGAGGCAGCCCGAAAUCCCCGCCAGCCCCUAGACGAGGGGGGCCUGAAAAGCAGUUAAUGCGAAUUAUGCACUCGCAAGUGCAACCAUCACAACGGCAGCAGCAACAAGAGCACCAAAUGCAUUGUGCACCCAGUUCUUAAGUAUACGAAACACCACCACAACAACAACAACAACCACAAGAAGCACCACAGUCAUAAGCCACAUUCAGUCGCAAUUGCUGGCAAAAUGGUGGACGACAUUUCGCCCAUGCAUCAUCGCAUGCAGAAGAAGACGCGCAGCGCCUCGAUCUGUGCCACGGGGGGCAGCAUCGAGACGGUUAUCCAGAAUAUGCCCUCGGGCAGUGCCACGCCCGAGGGCGGCACGCCCGGCUACAGACGCCGCCGGCCCGCCACCCGCUCCCAAAGCGCACGCAUCACCUCGGGCGCCAGAUCGGUACGCCGACGCACCCAGGCGCAGCAGCAGCAGCAGCAAACGACGCUGCAGGAGACGCGACCCUAUUGCACCAGCGAGCCGCGUCUCAGCGAAACGGAGACGCCCCCGCAGCGCCGGAAGCUCUCCCAGCGCCGGCCGCAGCCACACGGGCAUAGAAAAUCGAACGCCUUCCUGGACGUGCCCACAAUGAACAUGCACCACCUGAGAGUGAACGAUGACGACGAGGAUGUGGAUCGCCUGCGCACAUUUAGUGCAUCCAAAGGAGGCAUCAUCAAUCGCGGCGACUCCUUCCGCAGGCGCCGCUCGCGCAGCAACAGCCUCGCGCCGGUUAGUCCCAUGCAUCCACGUAAUGCGAUGGCCGGUCUUAACGGUGCCGGCGGCGGCGGCAGCAGUCUGGGGCUGGGCAACAAUUACAAUGGCGGCAGCAGCAAUGGCUUCGCCGCCAGCUCCGGCCAGGAUAAUCAUCAGCCGGUGGAAUUCUAUCGCGUCGAGAUGCUCGGCUCGCCUGGUGUUGGCAAACAGGCGCUCGUUUCCCAAUUUCGCACCUCCGACUGCAUCAAUGCCUACGAUGGACCAGAGUGCGAUGAGGACGAGCAAAACAUUUCAAUUAUUCUGAAUGGCACCGAGUCGGAGCUGAAGUUCCUCACUGGCAAUCCGGAAAGCAAGGAGGAACUGGAGCAGGCGGAUGCAUUUCUGGUCGUCUAUUCCUGCAUUGACAAGGAGUCCUUUACGCGUGCCAAGCAGAUCUUAUCGCGUUUGCAGGACAUGGACUUGCUGCGCCAUCGACCCACCAUUUUGGUGGCCAACAAAAUUGAUUUGGCCAGAUCACGCGCCGUCUCAGCGCAGGAUGGUAAAUGCGUGGCCUGCACCUUUGGCGCCAAGUUCAUUGAAGUAUCGGUGGGCAUUAACCAUAACUGUGAUGAACUGCUCGCCGGCACUUUGACCCAGAUACGCCUGAAGAAGGAUCACAAUCUAUUGCAGCUGAAUCCGAAAAAGUCGAAAGACAAAACUAAGUUUAAAGAUAGCAAAGACAAGCACGUAGAGACUGUAGAAACUGAUAAAUGUCUGACACUGACUGAUCUUAAGGCCGACGAUGCGGGUCCCCGGGAUGGCAGCUCGCCGGCGCAUUGGUAUAAGAGCCGCAGCGUAAUGCUGGCCAGCAUGAAGGCGCGACAGAUGCUCACUUGGAUACUGGGCAAGGAGGACUCCAAGUUCAAGCACUGCGAGAAUCUGCAGGUGCUCUAAACACAAGCAUAUAUGUAUCUAACUGCAUCGGCUCAACAAUAAAAAACAAGUAAAACACCAAAUAAAUAAUGC